AUGGUUUUUCUUAGCAACGCAAUUUCGGCUUCUCGCUUAUCGGAUUCCGAACAAACUGACGUUCAGAAGGGCUUUUCUAGUACAAUUUAUGGGACUCGUUGGUCCAUUGAGCCAAUUCCAAGAUUUGAGUUGCCAAAAGAUGAAAUGCCGGCGAAUGUUGCCUAUAGAUUUAUAAAAGAUGAAUUAGCGCUUGAUGGUAAUCCGCUUCUGAACCUUGCCUCAUUCGUCACCACUUAUAUGGAGGAUGAAGCAGAGAAAUUGAUGGCGGAAAAUCUAUCAAAAAAUUUUAUUGACUAUGAGGAAUAUCCAGUGUCUGCCGAAUUACAAAAUCGUUGCGUUAACAUUAUCGCGCGUCUUUUUAACGCGCCAUUGGAUAAACCGGAAGCCGAAGCAAUGGGUGUCUCAACCGUGGGAUCAUCCGAAGCGAUCAUGUUGGCCGUGUUAGCAAUGAAGAAACGAUGGCAAGGAAAAAGACGCGCCGAAGGAAAAUCCACAGAGAAUCCAAAUCUAAUUAUGGGUGCUAAUGUUCAAGUGUGUUGGGAAAAGGCUUGUCGAUAUUUGGAGGUUGAUGAACGAUAUGUUUAUUGCACAGAGAAGAUGUUCGUUUUGACCCCUGAAAAGGCUGUUGAAUUGGUGGAUGAGAACACUAUUGGGAUUUGCGCUAUAUUAGGAUCAACUUAUACUGGUCAUUAUGAAGACGUAAAAACUUUGAAUGAUCUUCUCGUCGAGAAAAAUGAAGCAAACAAUUUGGAUGUUCCAAUUCAUGUCGAUGCAGCGUCUGGCGGAUUUGUUGCUCCCUUCGUAUGUCCAGAUUUGGAGUGGGAUUUUAGACUUCCUUUAGUCCGUUCAAUUAAUGUAUCUGGACACAAGUAUGGCCUGUGUUAUGCUGGUAUCGGAUGGGCGAUCUGGAGAUCAGCCGAAUAUUUACCCAAAGAAUUGAUUUUCAAUAUCAAUUACCUGGGAUCUGAUCAGGCUUCGUUCACUUUGAAUUUUUCUAAAAGUGCAGCACACGUGAUUGCUCAAUAUUAUGUGUUAAUUCGACUUGGACGAAAAGGUUUUACAUCAAUUAUGCACAAUAUUACAAAUACAGCUGAUCAUUUGAUUGAACGCUUGGAGAAAACCGGUAGAUUCGAAAUAUUAAGUGAACGAGGUGGAAGAGGUUUGCCAUUGGUAGCUUUUCGAUUAAAAAAAGAAUAUCAUUAUAACGAGUUUGAUAUUGCCAACCGUCUUCGAGAACAUGGAUGGAUCGUGCCAGCGUAUACAAUGGCCCCGCAUGCAGAACACAUUAAAUUAAUAAGAGUAGUUGUACGUGAAGAUUUUACACUCCACAGAUGUGAUGAUUUCAUUAGAGAUUUAUUAAACACUUUAUCUCUUUUGGACAAAUUGGAUGCCAAAAGCAUAGCAGUAAAACGUACCGCAGGACAACGUUGGACGCUGUUAAAAAAUGUUACUCUUGCAUUUAAAGGUCAUAAAGACGCAUCCUUCAAGCAGAAUAGUAUAUGUUAA